GACCCAAGUCUCUCAGAGAAUCAGGCUCUUCCCUCUCUUCCUCUCCCCCUUCCCCCCAAUGGGCCCCAGGAGCUGGGUCCUGAGUGCUUGCUGGUUAGUAGAUAGACUUGUGAGUGGAUGAUAGGUUUGAGCCCACCCCUCUUGAGUCUGCCCUCAAGUUUCCAAUGCAGUAUAGAACAUACUGUAAAUGACUGCAAUCCAAGUUCAGCUCUGCAGCCCCCAAUUCAAUUUAAGUUAACCCUACCAUACUGCAUUAAUACCUGCUCAACAUUGUAACAAAGCUGCCAGUGCUUUUUACGUGCAGCACCUUGCACAUGUGAGAGUAGAAUAGAAUCUGGCAUUGUAAGCAUUAAACAUGUCUUUCGGUACCACUGACUCGUGAACCUCUGACCCAUUUCUGUUGGUUAAAAGCAGGCUUUUUUCUGACAAAUCACAGUUGCUCGACAGUUGCUUACAUCCUGUAAUUCUUGUAAAUGCCUAAUUUUCACUGAAGUCAACAAAAACUUGUCUGGAUGACAGAAUGACUGGCAUAGAGAAUGAAACUGUAAGAGGCAAAGCCAUGGAGGAGGAAAGCACCGAACUGAAAAAGGAACGAGAGAAAAAGAAAAGGUCGAGGGUUAAACAGGUGCUGUCAGAUAUAGCAAAACAAGUGGAUUUCUGGUUUGGAGAUGUCAACCUUCACAAAGACAAAUUCCUCCGAGAACAAAUAGAGAAGUCUAGAGAUGGAUAUGUUGACAUAUCACUUCUUGUAUCGUUCAACAAAAUGAAAAAAUUGACGACUGAUGGGAAAUUGAUAGCCCGAGCAGUUAAAAGCUCAUCUGUUGUAGAACUGGAUUUAGAGGGAACUAGAAUCAGAAGACGUCAGCCACUGGGUGAGCAACCAAAAGAUGUGGAUAGUCGUACUGUAUAUGUGGAGCUGCUUCCCAAAAAUGUCAACCACAGUUGGAUUGAGCGGGUAUUUGGGAAAUGUGGUAAUGUAGUUUAUAUCAGUAUCCCACGUUAUAAGUCCACUGGAGACCCAAAGGGAUUUGCAUUUGUUGAAUUUGAAACGAGAGAGCAAGCAGACAAAGCUAUUGAGUUUUUGAAUAAUCCACCAGAAGAAGCACCAAGAAAACCUGGGAUGUUCCCCAGAACAGUAAAAAAUAAGCCUGUUCCUGCACUGAAUAUAAGUGACUGCAGUGUAGUGGAAGAGAAGAAGAAGAAAAAGAAGAAAAAAUCCAAAAUGAAGAAAGAAAGCAGCUUACAGUCAGCUGCAGAAAUGAAAGAAUCAAACAUGGACACUACUGCAGAUCAAAUAAGCAAGUCAAAGAGACACAGGACAACAUCUGAGUGCUUGGAAAUGGAAGUAUCUGGAGUCCAUAGGCAACCUUCUAAGAAAGAGAGAAAAAAAUGGGAUAGAACAGAAAGCCCAGAGUUAACUGAGGAAAGUAGGCUAGGGAAGAGAAAAAGAAGCAACUCUGGAGAUGUAGAGGCAUUAGGUGCAAAAGUCAAGAAAACUGCUCAAAAAGAUGAUGUUCAUUCUGUAAAAGAAGAAACAACAGAAGCUCAAAAGGAUUCCAAAGAAGUUAAUACAGAAGAGGAGAAAGACGGUGAUAAGAAAGACACAUCUCUUUCAAAAUCAAAAAGGAAGCAUAAGAAAAAGCACAAAGAAAGGCACAAGAUGGGAGAGGAGGUCAUUCCAUUGAGAGUACUCUCAAAGAGUGAAUGGAUGGAUCUGAAGCAAGAAUAUUUGGCCCUUCAAAAAGCCAGCAUGGCUUCCUUAAAGAAAACAAUGUCCCAAAUCAAAUCUGAGUGUCUGGAGAAGAUGGAAACAGAUAGUGGUGUACAAAAGUGUCCUCAAACAAAAAAUGUCAAAUCCACCAAUGAAGAUUCUGGCCCCCCUGAGAAAGCUAACACAAUGGGACCACAGUUUGUGAGUGGAGUAAUUGUGAAGAUCAUUAGCACCGAACCCCUACCAGGCAGGAAACACAUCAAGGAUGUUCUGGCAAUGAUAGCUGAUGUUGCUUAUGUUGACAUGCUGGAAGGAGAUAUAGAGUGUCAUGUUCGGUUUAAAACUCCUGAAGAUGCACAAGUUGUAAUGAAAGCACAUAAAGAAAUUCAGAUUAAAAACAACUGGAAACUUGAGGUCCUAACUGGUGAUCAUGAACAGCGGUACUGGCAGAAAAUUUUGGUGGACAGACAAGCUAAACUUAACCAACCUAGAGAAAAGAAGCGAGGCACAGAGAAGCUGAUUGCCAAAGCUGAAAGAAUGAGACUUGCAAAGACACAAGAGACAAGUAAACAUAUCCGCUUCUCUGAAGAUGACUGACCUAAAAUUGAUUUUAUUCUGUAAAAGGAUAUUUAAAAUAGUCACUGGAUAUUUUAACAAAAUCAUAAACUGUUCUUAUGAAGAAGUCAAAAACCAGUCCAUUUGCUUCAGUGUGCAAUUUUAUUCUAAAUUCCAUUUUUAAAUAUGCUGAGUGUUUGCUGCUCCUGAGCCUGUAGGUAAAGCUUUCUGGGAAAACAUCUCAAACAAGGUCUUGCUUUGUUUUACAUUUAGUUUUACUUCUAAUGAAUUUUUGUAUAUUGCAGUUUUAUAAACUGAAUUAUAGAAAAGAACAAAUAAAAUGUUUUAGAAAUUGA